UGAUUCUCCUCUGAUUUAAAGGUCAGAACCGAACGGUAUCAGUAAACACUUUUCCAGGUGAUUUAGGAGAAGUGGACGUGUACAAGUGUGCUGUAACUGGUCUUAGGCACGUCUGACAAGCAGAUAACCGGAAGUGAUGUGGCGUGUGAUAUUUUUGGCGCUGGUGUCUGGACUGUCAAUCAGCUGGGCCCGGCCCCGCCUACCUCCACUCUCCCACCAGAUGGUGGACUACAUCAACAAGGUCAACACUACAUGGAAGGCUGGUCACAACUUCCAUAAUGUGGACUACAGCUACGUUAAGAGACUGUGUGGAACCCUGCUUAAAGGACCCAAACUGCCCGCCAUGGUGCAGUAUGCAGGGGAUGUGGAGCUGCCUGACACCUUUGACCCCAGACAGCAGUGGCCCAACUGUCCCACUCUGAAGGAGAUCCGGGACCAGGGCUCCUGUGGCAGCUGCUGGGCAUUUGGUGCCGCGGAGGCCAUCUCAGACCGUGUGUGUAUCCAUAGCAACGCCAAGGUCAGCGUGGAGAUCUCCUCUGAAGACCUGCUCAGCUGCUGUGACAGCUGUGGCAUGGGUUGUAAUGGUGGUUAUCCCUCUGCUGCGUGGGACUUCUGGACUACAGAGGGGCUGGUCACUGGAGGACUCUACGACUCUCACGUUGGUUGCAGGCCCUACUCCAUCCCUCCCUGUGAGCACCAUGUUAACGGCACACGAACCCCCUGUACAGGAGAGGAGGGUGACACCCCACAAUGUUCCAACCAGUGUGAGACUGGAUACACACCUGAUUACAAGCAGGACAAACACUUUGGUAAGAACUCGUACACUUUGCCCUCUGAAGAGCAGCAGAUCAUGACUGAGCUCCUGAAGAACGGACCUGUGGAAGGAGCCUUCACUGUCUACGAAGACUUCCUGCUCUACAAGUCUGGCGUGUACCAGCAUGUCUCUGGCAGUGCAGUAGGAGGCCAUGCCAUUAAGGUCCUUGGCUGGGGAGAGGAGGGGGGAACUCCUUACUGGCUGGCUGCUAACUCCUGGAACACUGACUGGGGAGAGAACGGUUUCUUUAAGAUCCUGAGAGGUAAGGACCACUGUGGCAUCGAGUCUGAGAUGGUGGCUGGUGUCCCUUUGUAACCAUGACAACAGUAACCAGGAAGUGAUUUCAGACUGCUGCAGAUGCACCAGUCCUCCUCUCCACUAGAGGGAAACCAUCUUUCUGCGUGCCUUUCUGGCCUUUACACUGGUUCUAAUUCCCAGUCAACCCCUACCCCCACUAGGCACCUCUUUUGUUCCAAAAUAAUUGGUUUAGAAAAUGCUACCCUGUCUGAGGGAAAGGCCAUGAGCUACUUCCAUGUUGCUUAUACCUGUCCUACUACUGUAUAGCUCAUACCUGUUCCUGAUUCCUCAUCCGAUCUGAGAAUUGUGUAAGAAGUGCCUAGGGGUUGACUUGGAACUGGGCAUGGCUUUGUCUUUAGUUAAAUGUGUUCUUCCUGGUGUCUCAAUCUGUAGCGGCUUCUUCCCCUCAUAUCCACUCUGUCAGCUCCACUGAUCUGUAAAUGCAGGGUGGGUGAAAACUACCUGUCCAUUUGCAUCUGUGCAGAUUGAGAGGAAGCUACGGUAGACUAUUGAGACCCCCCCCCCCCCCCCCCCCCCCCCCCCCCCCAUAGUGAGUGACUCAAGAGGUCCAUCUUGCUUCCUGUCUGAUUGGUCACAAGCAGUGCUGAAAGUCCUCUCUCCCUGUAGUUGUUCACAAUAAUCACAUCAAUUUAAAAAUGUUCAUGUAUGAUGCUUUAAACUUUUAUUUUUUUAAUUUAAUGUGAUCACUGAUAACAUUGUGCACAUUUUGUUUUUAAAUUGGAUUUUAAGGGAAGCGUGAGUGGUUUUGUACUGAUGGGAUUGUUUUAUUUGAAUGCUGUGUCUUUAAUGAUUCUCUCUGUUCUGAUCAAGUGUUCUGGAAUGAUUGUAUUGAGUUGCAUUAAAUAAAAGUCAACCAAUAUGUUUAA